AUGAAUAAUUAUCAUUAUUUAUUCAAGUUCAUUAUUGUGGGAGAAUCAAGUAGUUGUAUUACUUAGGUUAGAUGUUGGAAAGAGUUGUUUAUUGUUGCAAUACACAGAAGGCAGAUUCCAGGUUGGGUAUGAUGCUACCAUAGGGGUUGAAUAUGGAUCUAAGGAAAUAAUCUAUGAUGAUAAACUCAUCAAGUUGUAGCUUUGGGAUACGGUAUAAUUUAAUUCUAUUCAGGCAGGCUAAGAAUCCUUUCGCUCUAUCACUAGAGCAUAUUACAGAGGGUAUUUAAGUGCUAUUUAUAUGUUUAGAUCAAUAGGGUGUUUCUUGGUUUAUGACAUUACGAGGAGAAUAACAUUUGACAGAAUUUAAGCAUGGGUUAAGGAUGUGAGACAAGACACUAAUAACAGAAUCGAGUUCUUGUUGGUGGGCAACAAAUGUGAUUUAAAAGAUCGAAAAGUUAGUUAUGAUGAAGGGAGACAAUUGUCCAUCUAAUUGGGAUGCGAAUUCCAGGAGACAUCAGCCAAAACUGGAGAAAACGUGGAAUUUAUCUUUGAAUCAUUAACUCAGAAAAUAUAUGACAAUAUAAAGUCAAACAAAAUUGAUCCUCAUGAUCCUAAUCAUGGAAUCAAAAUUGGAAGGAUAGGUGAAAACGAAAAGAUCACAGAAAUCCCCAAAUAGAAACAGAAAAGUAUUUGUUGCUGAACAUAUC